AAAAGGCAGCAAACAGUGAGAAAGAAGAGCAAACAUGAGAGGCUUCAACUUGUUUCAGAGAAGCUCAUCGCUAUGGAGGAGAGAAAGAAAUGCACUUCGCUCCAUAUCAUCAUCUAGGUCAUUUUGUACGGAAAAUGGCGAUGGUCUUCAGAGCUCUAGGGUUAAGAUCUUCGAUCGCGACCUCAAACGCAAACAACGUGAUCGAGCUAGAUGGUUGAUGGGUCAGACUCAAAAUGACUCCUUUGUCGACGCUGUUGUUGAGAAUGUAUUGGAUCGUUUGGAGGACUGCAAAAAAUCAUUUCCUACUACAUUAUGCUUAGGGGGUUCAAUACUACCUAUCAAGCGUUUGUUACGUGGCCGGGGUGGCAUUGAGAAGCUUAUUAUGAUGGACACAUCGUAUGACAUGGUAAAGUUGUGUAAAGAUGCUGAGCUUGAUGAUGCACAGAAUGAAAAGAUUGAGACCUCCUUUAUUGUUGGCGAUGAGGAAUUUUUGCCUGUUAAAGAAAACUCUCUAGAUCUGGUAAUAAGUUGCUUGGGCCUUCAUUGGACUAAUGAUCUUCCAGGAGCUAUGAUACAGAGUAGAUUGGCAUUGAAGCCUGAUGGCCUAUUUUUGGGAGCUAUUCUUGGAGGAGAAACCUUGAAGGAGCUGAGAAUUGCUUGCACAGUGGCACAAAUGGAGCGUGAAGGGGGCAUCAGUCCACGAAUUUCACCUUUGGCACAAGUGCGAGAUGCAGGAAAUCUUUUGACCAGAGCAGGUUUUACUCUUCCAGGUGUUGAUGUCGAUGAAUACGUAGUUAAAUAUCAAAGUGCUCUUGAGCUAAUAGAACAUCUGCGAACAAUGGGUGAAACUAAUGCUCUUCUACAAAGAAACAAGAUUCUGAAGAGAGAAACAGCCCUUGCAACUGCAGCUAUAUACCAGUCAAUGUUUGGCGCAGAAGAUGGCACGGUCCCGGCUACUUAUCAGGUUAUUUACAUGACAGGGUGGAAGGAGCAUGAAUCUCAACCAAAGGCCAAAAGGAGAGGUUCUGCCACUGUGUCCUUCAUGGACAUUAAGAAGCAGUUUGGAAAUACUGGAAGUUGAUUUGCGUAUGUGCAAUUUUCAAAUGACUUUCAUUUUCUUUUAUUUGAACAAAAAUAAAAUAAAGUAGAAUAGAGCAUUGAUGCUGAUUAAUUAUUUUGUCCAAUUUUGUAAUAGUUUGUAAUCUUUACAAAACAAUGCUAUUUAUCACACAUUCAGUUCACUACCAUUCAAAUUAAUGUAGUGACAAGAUCCAUGUUUAUAAUAUUUUGGGUUAUUAGUAAGGAA